UGUGAUGUUUUGAAAGAUUACAUUUAAAAUAGAAAGGAGAGGAUGCUACAGUUCCCGGCGUUCAUGACGCAGUUCCCAUCUACGGCGAGGGCCAUUCCGCCCUCGCAUCUGCUUCCUUCUCAAUGGCCCCAACCCCACAACGAAGAGCUCCUUCUUGCCAUGGAGGAAUCUAAUCUCGAAGACAAGUUGAAUGAAAUCAGGGAUACUAACAGAAAUUUGGUUGUUAUUGGGAAGACAACUGCUGAUAAUGAUAAAGAAGACGAUAACGACGCAGAUGACGAUGAUGCCGACAAUGCGGAAGAAUCAGACGGUGAGGAGUUUGAGCAAGAAACUGGUUGAACAUUAUACCGGCUCUCUUGCUUACGACUCUCUCGAAAACCUCUGUUGCUAGUCCCUGUAAAAUGUGAAUUGAGAUAAGCAUUACUGCUAUGUUAUGUUUCCACAAAGCCUGUUUCACACAUGCAGGUCUUUCAACGAGGUUCAAUCAGAGUGUUGAGUGUUCAUUUUCAUUUUCAAGCUUUACUGCUAUGCACUGUAAGCCUGUUUCACACAUGUAAAAAUGUGUUGUAAGACGUGAUUAAGUGUUCAUUUUCAUUUUACAAACAUAAUUUCAGAUCUUGGAUGUGCCA